AUGAUCUUUUCACAGUCUCUCGCCUUCGACAAGCUACAAGGAAACAUCGACUUCGCAGCAAGAAGUAUCGACAUGGACAUCGAAAAAGAUCCGAAAGAUGGACACACACCUGAUCUAGACUUAAUCGACUGGGACGAAGAUGACCCCGAUAACCCUAAGAACUGGUCAACAACGCGGAUCUGGUCGAAUCUCGGCAUUAUUUCCUUCCUACGGCUCUUGACACCACUUGCCUCAUCCAUGAUAGCACCGGUCACGAACCUCAUCCUCAACGAUUUCAAAAGCACCGAUAGCACCGUCGGCAGCUUCAUUGUCUCGAUCUACAUCCUUGGCUACGCGUUAGGACCCCUGGUGAUAGCUCCGCUGUCUGAGAUCUAUGGCAGAAGACCUGUGUACCAUGUCAACAAUGUGCUCUUUGUCUUAUGGAGUCUGGUCAGUGGCUUCGCUCCGAAUGUAGGCGCCCUGCUGGCUUUCCGAUUGCUGGCUGGGUUGGCGGGGAGCUGUCCGGUGACGAUUGGAAAUGGCUCGAUUGCGGAUUGUGUGAAGAAGGAGAAACGGGGGAAGGUGACGGCGAUUUUCACUGCUGGACCACUGCUUGGCCCUGUCAUCGGACCUAUCGCUGGCGGAGCACUGGGCCAGUAUGUCGGCUGGCGCUGGAUCUUCUGGGUCAUCACUAUAGUGUCAGCCAUCAGCACCACAGCCUCCUUCACCUUCCUCGAAGAAACCUACGAACCCGUCCUCCUCGAGCGCCGCGUCGCCCACCUCAGAACCCAAAUCUCCAACCCAAACCUCCAUCACCGCCACUCCAACACCCUCACCAAAUCCCAAGUCCUGACCCGCGCCAUCAGGCGGCCUCUAGCUCUCCUCUUCACCUCCCCCGUCGUCCUCCUUACCUCCAUCUACGUCGGCCUAGUCUACGGCUACAUCUACCUCCUCUUCACGUCCUUCACCCCGCUCUUCACCACAACCUACAACUUCACCGAGACAACAACGGGACUUACAUACCUCGGCCUGGGCAUCGGGUUCGCAAUCGGUCUCCUGAUCUUAGGCAAGACCUCAGACCGUAUCGUCUCCCAUUUCUCUCCUGCGGGUGAAUGGAAAGCAGAAUACCGUCUUCUUCCCCUCCUGCCGGGAUCUCUCCUCGUUCCUGUUGGACUGCUGUGGUAUGGAUGGAGCGCUCAAGCUCAUGUACACUGGACCAUGCCUAUUAUAGGUACGGGCUGGGUUGGAUUGGGAACCUUGGCAGUCUUCAUGCCGGUGCAGAGUUAUCUCAUUGAUGCGUUUCCGCUCUGGGCCGCGAGUGCCGCCGCGGCGAAUACGAUUUUGAGGAGCUUGGCGGGGGCUUUUGUACCGUUGGCAGGACCGGCGUUGUAUAGGGCGCUGGGUCAGGGAUGGGGGAAUAGUUUGUUGGCUUUCAUGGCGUUGGCGUUUACGCCGUUGAGUUGGAUUUGUUUUAGGUUUGGAGGGAGGAUUAGGGAGAUGUGGCCGGGGAGGGUAAAGUGA